AUGGAUGAGGCCAGUAUUGAAAAGGCCGGUUUAAUGCCUGUGAAAACAGAUUUAAUAAAAAUCAUGCAAGCAAAAGAUCAUGAAGAUAUUAGCCGAUUAAUGACAUUGCCCGGUUAUACAUCACUAAUUGCUUAUUGGGUUGGUUUGGAUUCAAAAUCACCGGAUACUUAUGUUCUGUAUCUUGGCCAGGGUGAACUCGGAUUACCUGAUCGUAAUUACUAUCUUGAUAAUACACCACAAAUGAGAGAAACCCGUAAAAAUUAUAUCAGUUAUAUUGAAACUAUUCUGAAAUUAACAGGUGAAAAAGACGUUAAAAAAAGAUCACAACAGAUCUUGACUUUGAAAAAUCUAUUGCUGAAGUCCAGUGGAGCCUUGAAAAUUGCCGGGAUACCAUCAGAAACUACCACCCAAUGA